AAUUAAAUAAAUAUAAUUUUUAUUUAUAAAUUCAGUAAAUAGAAAACAAAGUAAUUUCGUCGCUAAUUCCCGAUGUAUUAACGAGGAAAAUUAACGACGAAAUAUCGAGGAACAAUUAUCGAGGAUUUUACGUGGAUUUAGUUACGAUUCUAUUACGACGAAUUGUUUUCGUGUUUCUUACGUUUUUAUUACGACGAAUUUAUUUAGAGGUUUUUGCGUGUCUUUUACGACGAAUCAUUUACGAGUUUCUUACGAGGAAGCACAACGACCGCGUUACGUGGAAACCCCACGUGGUCUUUACGACGAAAACUUAAUUCUUCUUUACGAGGAAAAUAUAACCUCGCUAAUUAACGAGGAAAUGGCGACGAAUCUUCUCUUACGACAAUCAUAUAACGACGAAACGCCUUUCACCGCCAUUUUCUCGUAAGCCUUCUUUUCCGAGGAAAUAACGACGAUUUUGGCCGUCGUUAAAUUUGUGUUUUCUUGUAGUAUGUUUUUUUUUGUUUGAGUUUGGUUUGAACUUCGGGUUGCGUAUUUUACACAUAUGUCCACUUUAAAUAAAGAGAAAAUACGAUUAUAUAAAAUUUUCACCAAAAAAUUAUUCCGCGCUUUGAAAAUCUAGUUUGAGUUUAUAAGACUCCGGUGAAAUAUAAAACAGAAACAUAAAGAUAAAUAGCCAUUGAGCUUUAUCGUGUAGGAAAAAUAAAAGAGGAAAUCUGUUUAAAAGCCAGGUUAGAUAUUCUUCUAUUCCAACUGAGAUCCUUCCACUAGAAACAAAUUACUAUUGGACUGUAGACGCUUCUUGGAAGUCACCAAACGAGAAGAUUGGCAUUGGAUGGUCCUUUUACAGUAAACAAGGCACUUUUAAGGCUUAAGACCAUGAUUAUCGGUAAAACUCCUAAAGGAAAUUCUGUAAUGCAUCCAACUCAUUCACCUUUGAUUGCAGAAUCCGUAGUAAUGUGGCUGGGGGAAGAAAAUCUGUUCGGUAAUCAAACCGGUACGAGUUGGUACGAGUAUAUCAAUUAGGUUUAGUCAAAUUGGUCUGGGUUUAAUGUUUACUUAUUCUCCUAAUUCCUUAUUCGAAUAAUGUUGAGAGAGAUUAGAAAACCUAAUUCCUUAUUCGAAAUCUAGGGAGAAGAAACGAAAAGAAAGAAGAAGAUAAUGGGCUGCUGAUGCAAUUUUUGGGGAAAGAAAAUCGGUUCGGUAAAUUAUUUUAUUUCCAUUACUCGAACCAAACUUUGGUAUGAGUAAGGUUUAAUCGAACCGGUCUGGUUUUGAUGAUACAAAAACCCUAGAGACAAACAGGGAAAAAAAAGAGAACCGGUUCGGUUCGGUAAUUUAUUUAUUUUAACCACUCGAACGGUCGAACCAACUUUAGUAUGAGUAAAUGAAGGAGGUUUAAUCGAACCGGUAUUGGUUUUGAUGUUACUUGUUAAAAAGGCAAUAUCGUAAGUUAAUCCAUGUUUAGUAACUGAUUAGUCUGAAAAAAGGAAAUAGUCUAAGUUAAUUAAUUUUAAUGACUGGUUAGCGGAUAAAUUAAUUACAACAACGUAACCUAUAUAUACCGACCAGAUAGAUCGAGAGAGUGUUUACUUUGCUAUCUUUUUGUUCUAAAGCUUCUCUACAUUCUCUAAAUCUCUGUAAUAUUGAAAACUAGGGUUUCGUUUUCUUCGAACAAUGGUGAAAAGAGGAGGAACGAAGAGGAAAGCUGAGAUUAAGAAGAUCACUGACAAAAGCUCAAAGGCUGUAACUUUCACGAAGCGAAGAGAUGGUCUCUUCAGUAAGGCCGCACAGCUCUGUCUUCUCGGCGACGCUCAGAUCGCUAUCUUAGCAACUCCUUCUUCUUCCCAUUCCAACGUCUCUUUCUUCUCCUUCGGACACUCCUCGGUCGAUUCGGUGGUCUCCGCAUAUCUCUCCGGUCAAAGGCCCGCUCCUCCUCCCGUUCCGGAAGACAGCAGAGAGAUGCGGGAGGACAUCGCUGUUUGCAUGGCUCGGAAGGAACUCGGGCUAGGCUACUGGUGGGAGGACGAGAAGCUUCUUGCGAGUAAGAGCCGGGAAGAAAUCAUGGAAGCCAUGGAGUCCAUGCAGAUACUGUGGAAGGCUGCGGAGAGGUUGCGUGAUGAGUACGUCGUUGAAUUUGAUCGAAGAAAAGGAUCGCAUGAGAAGAAGGAGGACAUGAGUAAUGAUCAAACAACGCUGAUCAGUACAGAGGAUGAUCAGAUCAUCGCUGUUUGUGACAGUUUCUUCAACUACAACAACAACAACGCUGCUUUAUCAACAACUCCUCCUGAUGAGGAUGAACAUCAUCAUCAGAUUGAGGCUGUUUCUGAAAAUUAUUGCAGCAACAAGAACGCUCUGUUAUCACCUCCGGCUGCUGCAGGAGGAGGUUUGAAUGAUCUAGCUAAUGUUGAUUUGGAUACAAUUUUUGAAGGUUUGGCCGACCUUGAUGCUGAGCUUGUCGCUUCUUUUCUCAUGUGAUGAUGAUCAUGAUGAUGAGUCAAUGAUUACUAGGUACUGACUAUUUCUUAUGUAAUUUGAGGAGAAAACUGAUGCAACUCAAACAGGUUCAGCUUCGGUAAUGAUAACUGAUAAGAGUUUCAGUUGUAUUAUUCUUUUUAGUUCAGUUCAAUAUUUGUAUUUUUGUAGUCCAUAAUCAUAUGAUUCUUUCUUUAAUAAAAUCUUUCUUUAGUCAGUGGAUUCUACACUUUUCACUGUCGUGUGAGAGAAAACUGAUUCAACUGAAACAGGUUCAGCUUCGGUAAUGAUAAUAGCUCGAGUUUGUAUUAUGUUCAGUUUUGAAGCUUCAGUUUCAAAAUCUUUAAUGAAAUCGUUCUUUUAUAUCUUUCACUGUUGUCUAUUGGGACUUCAAUGUUUUUUUAAGUAAACAAAUAUGAGUGCUGUUUUGUAUAAGUUAUCGUUGAUAUGCUUUGAAUCUGGAUGUU